CCUCCCGUCUGCGCGUGCACGAGUCGGGGGCGCGUUGGACUCCGGAUGCCGGAAGUGAGUCGUGUCCCGGAAGUCGGUGCUGAGCUGUGAGGUGAUAUAUUAUGAUGCGGCAGGACAGUCUGGAUGAGACGGAGGACGUCUCUCUCUUCGAUGCGGAUGAAGAAAACACGCGGCGGCCGAAACAAAAGAAAAUAAAGCACCCCCUGGCAUCGUUCUUCCACCUCUUCUUCCGGGUGAGCGCCAUCCUGGUGUACAUCCUGUGUGAGCUCGUCUCCAGCAGCUUCAUCGCCUGCAUGGUCACCAUCAUCCUCCUCCUGUCAUGUGACUUCUGGGCGGUCAAGAACAUCACAGGAAGACUGAUGGUGGGUCUGCGGUGGUGGAACCAGGUGGACGAUGACGGGAAGAGCCAUUGGGUGUACGAGUCCAGGAAGGCCGGUCAGGGAAAGAAGAGCGCCUCCGACGCCGAGUCCCGGAUCUUCUGGUUGGGUCUCGUCACUUGUCCUAUCAUUUGGGUCAUCUUUGCGUUCAGCGCCCUCUUCUCAUUCAAAGUGAAGUGGCUGGCUGUUGUCAUUAUGGGCGUCACCCUUCAAGGCGCAAACCUCUACGGCUACAUCAAGUGUAAAGUGGGUUCUCCAAAAAACCUGACCAGUAUCGCCAGCAACUACCUGGGGGGGCAGUUCCUCAAGCAGACAUUUUCAAGGAACACCCAGGCGGAAUCUUAGCCCUCACUUUGGAAAAUACUCAACAAUUUCUAUUUUUACUGCAGAAGGGGGACUUUUUUUUUUUUUAUCAUCACUACUUACUACAAAAAAAAUAAAAAAUAAAUUAUCGGCCUAAUUUUGGCUGUAAAAUAAGAGACUUGUACACAAUCUCUGCCCCGCCCCCACACUGAGGAUCGGCGCCUCUUCCCUGGCAGAUCGAAACAUUUGAAGAUUUGACAUCACCCGUUUUACCAAGGUGACCGUUCUGUGGGGGGGUGGGGUUUGUUUUUUUUAUUUUAUUUUUUUGUGGCUUUUAUUUUUUUUCCUAAAUUUUACAAAUUUCCUCCUUAACAAAUAGAAAUUGUUUUUGGUUUGUGGAUAAGGAUUGUAAAUAUCUAUUUAUAGAGGAGUUAUAAAUUACAAUGACCUGUUUAUGGAAAAAAAAGAAUUCAAUAAAAAUUUAAAUGUUCUUUC